AUGGGCGUGACCUCGGCGCUUGUUUUUGCCAACCUUGGCGCAGCUUACGGAACAGCGAAGUCAGGUGUGGGAAUUGCAUCGAUGGGAGUUAUGCGGCCUGACAUGAUCAUGAAGUCGAUCAUCCCAGUAGUCAUGGCCGGAGUUCUGGGCAUUUAUGGCCUUAUCACAGCUGUUAUCAUCAACGGAAAGAUGGAUGCAGCUAAUUACUCAGCCUACUCAGGCUACGCGCAUCUUGGAGCUGGUCUGACUGUGGGAAUGAGCUCUUUGGCUGCUGGCUUGGCCAUUGGUAUUGUUGGAGAUGCGGGCGUCCGCGCGAAUGCCCAGCAACCACGUUUGUUCGUGGGCAUGAUUCUCAUCUUGAUUUUUGCCGAAGCCUUGGGUCUCUACGGCCUCAUUGUUGGCCUGGUAGUUGCGUCCACCGCAGAAGGCAAAGGCAAGGGGCUUUGUGACCCAGCAGCAACUCAGCUACGGUCGCACUGUUCCAUUUAG